ACCACCUCUGCUCCUACCUCUCCUUCUUCUGAUGGCUGGGAGGGGCAGCAGUUCACCUUGCGCCGCCUGCAAAUUGCUGCGCAGGCGAUGCGCCAAAGAUUGCAUCUUUGCCGCCUACUUCCCUUCUGAUCAACCCCACAAGUUCUACAUUGUGCACAAGGUGUUCGGUGCCAGUAACGUCAACAAGAUGCUUCAGGAGCUCCCAGUUCAUCACAGAGCAGAUGCAGCCAGUAGUUUAGUCUACGAGGCUAGCGCGAGGAUGAAGGACCCGGUUUACGGGUGCGUCGGUGCCAUUUCUUACCUUCAAAAUCAGGUGUCCCAGCUACAGAUGCAGCUUGCAAUGGCUCAAGCAGAGAUUCUGUGCGUCCAAAUGCAGCAAGAAUGCUCCUCCUCCUCUUUGCCCAGUAACCAACAAGAAACUCAUGAAAGCAAGUUCCUUAUCGAUUUUUCCUGAAAGUUCGUCAACAACUCUUCCUCCAUCAAUCAUGUAGCUCAGGAACCGAGAGAGAGAGAGAAUCUCUCUGCGCGUGAUCUGUUUGUGGUAAUGGGAGUCUGGUGAUUGUUUAGAGAUAGAUAGUUUUUUUUUCCUUCCCUUUUCUUUAAUUUCGUUCUGCGAUGUGAUGUGUCAACUAUUGCAUGUGGAAGACAUGAAGUGAAGGUUUGCAUGUUA